AUGCGCAGUAGAAGGCUGCCCCUUGUGGCGGCUCCCUUCAUCUUCCUGCUGGUGCUGGCGAGUCUAUACCUUGGGCGAGAUCGUCUGUCUUGGUUCCCGAGCUCUCAGAGACAGCCGAUACCACUAAAGCAGCUCACUCAACAGGCGGUGGCAGAUGGCGCCGUUCUUUCAUCGGCCAACAUCACCGAGUAUCUCCAGGCCAUCUACCAUGUGAAGCCAGAUACCAGAUUGGCACCUCGCCUCGAGUGCCCGGCUAUCAACGCUGCACGAUAUAAGACGCUGAAAAACAAGCAGAAGAAGAAGUCAUCAGGGCGGCCGGCACCAUCUUCUCCUCCUGCUCGUCCCGCUUCACCCUCGUCGUCUUCACGUUCAUCUCCAUCCUCAUCAUCUUCACCUGUAUCGGUGUCUAAAUUACUAUCGGCUUCGAUAUCAUCGUCAUCAAAGCCAACGGCCACUCCCGCUCCUCGUUCACUUGAAAGUUCGGCCUCUGAGAUUCGGUACUUCUUCGCCCUUGAUUUGCGAAAUUGUAUCGAUCUCCUCCCCCGCCUCAUGGGCAGCAUCGUCGAGGCCAUGCAAUUCCUUGGCCCUCGCUCAUGUGCGCUCUCUAUUGUAGAGGGGGACUCUCCCGACGGCACUGGAGACGUACUCGCUGCCCUGCGCCCCAGCCUCGAGGCAAUGGGCGUCACUUACAUCUACAACUCUUCGACCGUCAAGUCCGCCGAGGGUGAUCGCAUCGCCAAGCUCGCGAAGCUGCGCAACAUGCCCCUGGAGCCCAUUUUCGAGCAGUCAAUUCCCAUCGCUGACGACGCCAGCGUCGUCUUCCUCAACGACGUGGCCGCCUGCGCCGAAGACAUUCUCGAGCUGAUCCUGCAGAAGCAGGAGCUCAACGCCGACAUGACCUGCGCCAUGGACUGGACGUACCCCGGCGACGAGCCCAACUUUUACGACGUCUGGAUCGCCCGCGGCAUCAACGGCGACUCUUUCUUCCACAUCCCGGCCAACGGAAACUGGGGUGAGGCGCAAAACCUCUUUUGGAACGCGCCGGACACGAGGUCCCGCUUUGAUGAGCUGCGCCCCUUCCAGGUGUUUGCCUGCUGGAACGGCGCCACGGUCUUUAGCGCCAAGCCCAUCGUUGAGGGCCUUCACUUCCGCACAAACUACCACAAGACGGGCGAGUGCUUCCAGGGCGAGCCGGUGCUGUUCUGCAAGGACAUGUGGUGGCGCGGCUACGGCAAGAUUGCGGUCGUGCCCAGCGUCAACCUCGAGUACACGGACAAGAACGGCAAGCGGAUCAAGCAAGACAAGGGCUUCGUGUCGGAUAUCGUUGCGGAACAGGACCCGCGCGACGACUUGAUUGAUUGGACGGGGCCGCCGGAUACCGUUCGAUGCAUGCCGACAUGGAAGGACCAGUUUUUCCAGCGGUGGAACAAGAGUUUAACGGAAUAA